AUGUCAGAAUGUCAAUUCUAUUUAUUAUUUAAUAAUAAAAGUUUAUUCUUAUUUCAUUUAUUAAAUGAAUUUAGAUCUGUCCUAACAAUUUCAAAAUCAAGAUAAGAGAUUCAUAAUUUCAAAUCAAAAUAAUUUAUGGCUUAAACUAUCUUUAAUUUAGUAUAAAAUUUUUUGAUUUUUGUUAUCUAGACUUCUUAGUAAAACAAAAAGAAUAAUGUUAAUUGGGCUACUUUGAAAUAAGACUUGGUUAGACAAAAAACAAAUUAGUAUACUUCGGUUUCAAGCAUAAUUAGAUUGAAUUUACUUUAGAUUUUCAAGGGAGCCCUUUAAAAAUGUUGUAAGGCUAAAUUAAUCACCAAAUCCUGA